CGUAAGCCCCCCUUCAAACACAAAGAAGAAAAAUGGAUUCCUUCAGGUGGUCGGAGAAGAGCCAACCCGACGGAGUUAAACUGCCGGAAAGCCCACGAGAGCCCAUAGAGUAUCUAUCCAGGUCAUCCAGCCUCUCCGCUAUGCAGGAGGUUUGCCGGGCAUUAGCUCUUCCGGCGUCGUAUCUGUUUUCCAAGGUCAACCCGGAAAACACCGUCUCCGGCGACGGCGAGUCCGAGUCGGCGCGGCUCUCCGGGAACAGAUUCUCUUUCGGCGGUUCUUCCGUAACCUCCCAUCUCGUUCUUGAACGCAUCAUGUCACAAUCCAUGCAUAAUGGGCAAGAAAUAUCGCCAUUAACUUCGGGAAGACUUUCUUAUAGCAGCGAACACUAUAAUGGUUCGCACACGGAAGAAACAGAUAGCACAGCUCCCAUCUCACCCUCUGAUGAGUUUGAAGAUGUCAUUAAGUAUUUAAGAGCAAACAACACUCUCCAGCCACUGUUCACAAACAUCAAGAAUUACAAUAAUACCAGUGGGAAUAGCACUCCCAUUGAUGGGAAUAACAACACUGUGAAGAAGUGGCUAAAGCAAAGAAGGAAUAAGAAGAAAGAAGAAAGCAGAGCACGCAAUGCCCAGAUCCAUGCAGCGGUUUCAGUUGCUGGACUGGCUGCUUCGGUGGCGGCAGUGGCAGCCAGCACAGCGGCAGCGUCUUCAGCCGGGAAAGAUGAGGCAGCAGCAAAGACGGAUGUGGCAGUGGCUUCGGCUGCAAUGCUGGUGGCUGCGCAAUGUGUUGAUGCUGCAGAAGCUAUGGGAGCGGACCGUGAUCGCCUCAUGUCAUCAGUUAGCUCAGCAAUUAACGUCCGCUCUCAUGAGGAUAUAUCAACUCUCACUGCUGCUGCUUCCACAGCACUCAGGGGAGCAGCAACUCUCAAGGCAAGGGCAUUGAAGGAAGUUUGGAGCAUCUCCACUGUUAUUCCCAUAGACAAGGGGCUUGGAGUUGCAACAGGUAACAACAACAGCAAUGGGUUUUAUGAAGGACUUGACAUUGAAGAGAAUUUUCUCGGUGUCUGUAACCAAGAAUUGUUGGCCCGGGGUAGUGAGCUUCUCAAGAGAACACGCAACGGUGAUCUUCAUUGGAAAAUCGUAUCAGUCUAUAUUCACCGGGGUGGAAAGGUUAUGUUAAGGAUGAAAAGCAAGCAUGUGGGAAACACCAUCACCAAAAGGAAGGAAAAUGUAGUACUGGAGGUGUACAAGGAUAUUCCUGCAUGGCCUGGGAGGCACUUAUUUGAGGAUGGAGAACAACGCAAAUACUUCGGGUUGAGGACAGAGGUGCGUGGAGUUGUCGAGUUUGAGUGUAAGAAUCAGAAACAGUACGAAAUGUGGACUCAAGGUGUCUCAAGGCUUCUCUACAUUGUGGCUGAAAGGAGGAGGAGAUUUCUUAGUUAAAUGCAUACAAAAGAAAAAUAUAGCCACACAAACUAGGAUGGAGGAUGAGUUUUUUGUCACAAAACUAAUGUGUAAUGCAAAUACAGAAAUGCUACGUGUACACGCUCGGUUACAUGACGGCUUACACGCCGAAGUGUAAUUGUAUGUGCACAGAUAAUUAAUUUUAAAUUUAUUAAAGGGAAGUGUAUGUGUAUUGUUUGUGACAAUUCAUUUUUAGAGAUCACAAACACUUCCAUUUAAAAAAUUAAAAUUCAUUGCCUGUGUACAGACAAUUACACUUGGCGUGCAAGCUGGUGGCGUGUAACCGAGCAUGUACAAGUAGCAUUUCUAACAAGGAAUGCCAUUUCAAUGCAUCACAAUGUACACAAAAGCCAAUGUUAAUUAAACACGAGACUGACAAUCAGCUUCGUGUUUUUCUCACCUUAUUAUACCCUUAUGUUUAUAUUCAAGGGUUUUAUGUUGUCCUGCUAAAAGCAUGGAAUUCAUGUUCACAUGGUUUGGGUCCCUAAAGAUGUAUUUGUUAGAAAGACAAGCGAAUCCAAAAAGAGUAGUUCAAAAUGGGGAGAAAUACAGUGAAAACAUUUUGAAUUAAAGUUGUUUCCUGUGUAAAAGAAGUUG